AUGUUGUAUGUUUUCCAUGUGGAUGCUGGUCAAAUGACCACAUAUGAUAUGAACCUUACACUCCAAAGUGUGGCCAGCUUAAAAGCUGCAAUAGAGAGGAAAACCAAAAUUUCAGCAAGUUCUCUUGUUCUCCUUGUAAGUGGGGGUGAAGUUCUGCAAUCUGAUCAUAUGGUUUCAUCAUACAGCGCUGGAACAGAUACUAAUCCCAUAUAUAUGUUCAGCAAACCUUCAGUCAAAGAUAGUAGAAUAAAACAAUCAAUGGUAGGAGAUCUCAGCCCCAUUGUGGAAUUAAGUACGGGAGCAUUUCGAAGUGAUAGUCGCAGCGCUUUUGAAGGAAAAUCUAUUGUAGACUUAAGGACUUCUGUUGAAAUGUGCUGUUCUUUACCUCCAACUGUUCAUACAGUAAUAUCAUGCGCCACGUUGGCACAACAGUUCAGUGAUCUUGCUCAUGAUGUGUCUAGGAGUUGUGACCAGUUAGUUCUUGAACAACAUCUGCAACAUCAAGGUUGGGCUGCUGUGGUCGCUAACUUAGAGGACAUAUUUAAUGAAUUUUGUGAACGAUCGAAAAGUUUUAAAGAAUCAUUUAGGAAACAUCGUUUAAAGAAGGAGGAAUACCAUGCAAUGUUAAAUACCCUCAAUGAUGUUUUAAAAUCAUUAAAAAAGAUUCCAAUCCUCCCCGCGCUUCAAUUACAAGCUGAAGCGCACAGGUUCUCUGCUUUCGAUGUAUUCGAGGAGACGGAUUUCGAGGGUCAUCAUUACAGGAUAAAUCAACCGUUAGACAAUAGUUCAGAAAACCGAGCCUAUCAGGACUUUGGAGUAGAAGCAUUCAAGUUGUCAGAGGAAGAUGUAUUUGACCAAAAACAUCCAUCUACAAGUAAAGAAGGAGCAGAAUCUUCAGAUGCAAUGCAACAAAUUGAGGAGUCUGAUGAAGGGGUUACAUUUAAAGCAAGUUCUUACGAGACAAAAGAAGAGCCAACUUUGUUGCAUUGGAUUCUCGCUCAAGGGAAUAAAGCCUCGUUACAAGAUAUUUUAGACUACUGUGAAAAAGGAUUAGCCUUGAUCGACGCAGAACCACUCAAGGAACGAGAAGCAGAGCUGUAUCACAUACUCGAGUAUGCUAACAUGCACGGCCUGAAGCAAAUCAAAGGCAUUGAAGAUCGCUUGUACGGUCUCGAUCAGCUUUUAAGUGAAGUUAAGAAAAUUGAGCGGGACCAGCAUGAUCAAGCUGCUUCUCUCAUACAGUACCGCGAGCGACUAAAUUCUGCGUGCGAUCCUUCAGUAUUGCCAACUUUAGUACAGUCACAUUGUUGUCAGUUGGAAAAACUUCUAAAUGGACAUCAAGUGUUAAUUGAUAUUCGACGUCGCAUUGCAAAUUCGAAGGAUGAACUAUCACAUAUAUUGAAAGCUAGAUUGGAGGCGGUGCUGAUGAUCGAGAACUCGAUGUCGGUGCAGGACGCGCACGCGAUGCUGUCGUUCCAGUGCUUCAACCGGCUGGCGCGCUACUUUGGCAUCGUGUCGCAGCUGCACCGCGCGCCCGCCGUGUUCGUGCGCGCCGCACAUGAGGUCGCCCGCCGCCGCGCCUUCUCCACCGCUCAUCUCAAGUGGGCGACAGAUCUCGCAGAGAAGUUACAAAAGAUCCAUGAAGAAGAAGUAAAUCGUCGUCAAGACUUCAAUUCGUUGUUCGACGGACAUUUUCUUAAGAAUUUAUUCCCAGGCAUGUCUGACCUCCCACCGACAUUUGCUACACAAGCGCCGCCUGCGUUCGACGCCCGCCUCCCAAAAAUAACGGAUGAGGACGUGCAACUUAUUUCAAAUACAUUUCAAGAAUUGGCACAGGAUGUGCCCCACUAUGAUAUGGAAGCCGCAGUAAAAUUUUUUCAACAAAGGUUAUCAGCAUCCGACCAUGAUGAAAGGGAUGUUGACGUUCAAGUUGACCUCGAUAGAGAUUUCGAAUCAGAAACAGAAACAGGCGAUUUUGAGAAGUUGAGCAGACAGAGCGGUUCACAAAAGCAGAAAAUCGACACGUCCACGACCUGUGCUCCCGAUACGAUGGCAGUAUCAACCGUAACCGAGGACAACAUGGACACUCAUAAAUUGAACAUUGAAAAGCUACAAGACUUUUUAAGUAAACUGUGUACCUUGUGUAAAGUUAACAUAAUGUAUAUUAAAGAUGAAUUAGUUAAACUCAAAGAUGAGAUAGACGAACAGAAAAAAUAUAUAUCUGGAAAAUAUUUAGAAGUUAUUCAUGCUUGGGAGAAGAGUAACGAGGAGGCGGCGAUAAGGUUUCGUGAACAAACGCAAAGGCUUACCGUUGAUCAUGAGUUAGAACUAAGUGACAUCAAAGCAUGUCUUAAUGACAAGGAUGAUAUUAUUAAUUCUUUGAAAAAUGAACAAGAACAAUUGAAAAUUCAACAUAACAAAGAAGUAGAGAAAUUAGAAUCGGAACAUCAGGGUACUAAAGAUUUAUUAGAAAAAACUCGAGAGGAACUAAAAGCAUUUGAAAAGAAGCUUGAAGAAAUGGAAGCACAAAAGCAAAAAGAAAUCAAAGAGUUACAAGAAAAGAUGCACUUGGAUUUUAAAGCCGAAGUUGAAUCCAUGCGUUCCAGAUUCAGAUUAGUAGCACUGACCAAUAUGGAUCGGUCACCAUCGGAAUCGAGUCUAGAGAAGAUUGAGCGAACUGAUGUAAUAGAGAUAAGUAAUCACAACGCCAUUGUAAUGCAGACGAAGGAGAACGCGGAAGUCGAGAAGGAAGAAGCCGUGAGAGUUGCAGUGGAGAAGUGUAAAGCCGAGUGCGAGCAGAAAAUUAGUGCAGAAAUCGCUCUGUUGAAGGCCAAAUAUGAGGCUGAUAAACAG